UGGGAGGGGCUUGUGUGACAGGAGGAAGAAGGCUUUUGACUUGCAGCAGGCUCCAACCUUCAAAAAGCCGGUUAUUCUCCAGGCCCUUCUUGUACAAUUUUCAGGACCUAUGGCUGCCAAAGGGAUGAAUCUGUGCCAUAUGUGCUUCCUUCUUCUUUAUGUUGUCACAAUGGUGCUUGCGGGGCGAGAUUUCUACAAGAUCUUGGGAGUGAGUAAGAGUGCAUCGGUGAGAGACAUAAAGAAGGCCUACAGAAAACUGGCUCUUCAGUUACACCCGGACAGAAACCCAGACGACCCAAAAGCUCAGGAUAAAUUUGCAGAUUUGGGGGCAGCUUAUGAGGUGCUCUCAGAUGAAGAAAAAAGGAAACAGUACGAUGCGUAUGGAGAGGAUGGGCUCAAAGAAGGCCACCACAGUUCACACAACGAUAUCUUCUCCAGCUUCUUUGGUGACUUUGGGUUCAUGUUUGGAGGCAACCGGCAACAACAGGACAGGAAUAUUCCUAGAGGGAAUGACAUCAUACUGGACCUGGAGGUUACACUUGAAGAGGUGUACUCUGGAAACUUUGUUGAGGUGGUACGUAACAAGCCUAUAGCUAAAGAAGCCCCUGGCAAAAGAAAGUGCAACUGCAGACAGGAGAUGAGAACAACGCAGCUAGGACCUGGUCGCUUCCAGAUGACACAGGAGAUGGUGUGUGACGAGUGCCCCAAUGUAAAACUUGUCAAUGAAGAGAGAACGCUAGAGGUAGAGAUUGAACAGGGAGUAAGAGAUGAGAUGGAAUACCCCUUCAUCGGAGAAGGGGAACCACACAUUGAUGGCGAGCCUGGAGAUCUGCGUUUCCGCAUCAAAGUCUUGAAACAUCCAGUGUUUGAGCGCAGAGGAGACGACCUGUACACAAAUGUCACAAUCUCAUUGGUGGAGGCACUGGUUGGCUUUGAGAUGGACAUUGUUCAUUUGGAUGGCCAUAAGGUCCAUAUAGUGAGAGACAAGAUCACUAAGCCUGGUGCACGUAUGUGGAAGAAAGGAGAAGGCCUGCCAAACUUUGACAACAUUAAUAUCCGUGGUUCCCUCAUAAUCACCUUUGAUGUAGAGUUUCCUCAGACACAACUGGAUGAACAGCAGAAAGAUGGUAUUCGGAAUCUUCUGAAGCAGGGAUCUGUACAAAAGGUUUACAAUGGACUACAAGGAUACUAACACCAUCAGACACAGCCUGGACUGAAUUUCUGCCACACGCACACACACACACACACACACACACACACACACACACACACAGACACUUUCUACCAACAGGAGCGUGCUCCGUAACUUUGGCCAGGGUGUAUUUAUUAUUUUCAGAUAGUUCUCAGGAGGGCUUGAGUCCAAUUUGUUUUUACAGCAGUAACAUAAUUACUGACGUUUUAUUUGAGGUAUAUACAUGGAAAGGAUGCAAUGUCUUUGUACUGUUUAUGUCCCAAUAUUAUAACACAAAUAUUCUCUUCAACGUUAAGUGUUGAGAUCAGGCCCACUUUGUCUAGUUCUGUGUCUGCCACUAUAGGAUCUUGGAGAAAACAGUUCAACACUGUUACAUCUGCUGAAGAAUGAGCUACUGAAAAACUGGACAUCUGAAAUGAAAAAUCCCCAAACCACCUCUGAACAACUCUCGCCAACAUGUGCAAACCUGAAGUUUGGUCUUUUUUUUUAAUUAGUUUUAUGAAUGUACAGCGAAGGACUUCAGCUGUUGAGUCAUGAAAUGUUUUUCCACUGGUCAAAUUCUUGUUCAAUGACACUCUGUAAAUAGAUGAGGAAGAAAAAAUAUUUUUUUUGUUUGUGUUUGUGUUUGCAUUUGGCACAUUGUGAUGUGAGGAUUGCCUACAUCCUAUAGGGUCACUGUUCCAAGAGAUGAGCUUCUUUCUUUCAACAGUGAAAUUUUAUUACUUGUAUUAUGUGGGCUGAAUAUGUUAGCAGUUCCUCCAGUGUCACAGCUAAAGGUUUGUUUCAUUUCACUCUCCUCUGACACAGUCCCACACUAUUUCCUGGAUCAAAUCUAACUCAAAGAGACUUGAGACUUUAUAAUAUCACAAUCCCUGUUGGAUGUUAUAAUUUUCCUGACCUGAAAAAAAAUUGCUUCCUUUGUUUUCCUUAUGUUCACAACUUUUUAUGGUUUAACUUCAUUUAAGACGUCUCCAUUGUUUUUAGUAUCUGCUGCAAUGCUGCCUCCAAAUUCUUUGAGUAUCAUGGCCUUACUUGUGAAUUAUUUGACUAUUUUUAGUGAGUGUUCUGGGAGAUUAUGUUCUUUGGACCGAUUAUAUAAAUAAAGAUUUCUACAAAUUCUGAA